GUGGUAAGAAUCCAUGGCGAAGUUGUCUUUUGGGCCUGUUGACUAUGCCGUCAUCUGUGGACUGUUGUCCCUGUCUGUGGGGAUAGGGCUGUAUUACGCCAUCAGGGGGAGAAAGAGGAACACCAGGGAGGAGUAUCUGAUGGGGGGACGGCGUCUCAAAGUCAUCCCGGUGACGUUGUCUUUGUACGUGACCUACAUAUCAUCGACGGCCUUCAUCGGGAUGCCAGCAGAGACCUUCACUACUGGGUUUACAUUUGCUCUGUUCGCCCUCGGCAAUGUUCUGGCGAUGUCCAUCUCUAUCUUCACAGUGGUUCCAAUGAUGCAUGCUCUACGGGUGACCAGUGUCUAUGAGUAUUUCCAUCUACGGUUCCGGUCGGUGGCGUUAAGACGUUGCAUCAGUGUGGUUGGAAUGUUGCAGAACAUCUUUUACACCGCUGUGGUUUUGUUGUCACCCGCCAUGGCGAUAGAAACAGUUGCUGGUCUACCAUUGUGGGUGUCGGUCCUGCUGGUUGGAGCUAUUGCAACACUCUACACGGCCAUUGGAGGACUACGAGGGGUGGUUGUAGUGGAUGUGUUUCAGGCCCUUGUCAUGGUGGCUGGAGUCUGUGCAACUGUCCUUAAGGGAGUGUAUGAAAUCGGUGGGUUCGGACUUACUUGGGACCUGGCAAGGCAGGGUGGACGUCUCCCGCCUGUAGAUUUCAGUCUAGAUCCGCGUGUACGUCACUCCUUCUGGGCGCUGGUGGUAGGAGGAGGCAGUAUGUACGUGGCGUACGUCUUCGACCAGUCAGCCAUACAGAGGAUAUGUGCACUUCCCACUGUCAGACAGGCCAAGCUCACCUUCGCCAUCACCACAGUCGUCACAGGCAUAUCCUUUGUGACCCUGAGUUUCCUCGGACUCGUGGCCUACAGCUACUACACAGUUCAAGGAUGCGACCCGUUCAAGGCAGGGUACCUCCAGAACAGAAACCAGCUCGUCCCCUACUUUGUGAUGGAAAUAUUCAAUGGUUUCCCAGGCAUGUCGGGACUUUUCCUAGCAACAAUAUUCAGUGCUGCGCUCAGUUCGGUGUCUUCCGUCAUCAACGGCCUUGCCGCCAACACCAUCGAGGAUCUGCUACGGCCUGUGUUUGACCGGUACAAUACAAGCGAGAAAGGGAAAAUAUUGACUGCCAAGAUUUCAGUGUUCAUCUACGGAGGGCUUUGUGUGGGCUUGUCUUUCGUUGCGAGGACAUUGCCAGGAACCAUUGUCACGGCCGCAAUCGGAUUCGUUGGAGCUUGUGCGGGACCUGUUUUCGGGAUUUUUCUGUUGGGAGCUUUAACUCCCUGGGGAAACAUAUCGGGGGCGGUGUCCGGCUUGGUUGUAUCACUGGUCCUGAAUGUGUGGAUCACUCUCGGCGGCAUCAUGUACGGACGUAGGCCUGUGCCACUACCACCAGCGCCUGGCAACUCCUGUGUGGUCCCGGAUGUAGCCAACAUGACAGGGUUGCCCGUCCUUGACCCAUUAAACAACAUGGCGGGUCUGUACAUCCCGUCCAAUAACAGUACAGGACAUGCAGAUAUCAGCCCAACUAGUGCCCCCAUCCCGGAUGUCAGCUCUGGAGGAAACCCCCUCUACGACAUCUCAUACAUGAACUAUGCAGUGACAGGAUGGGUGAUCGCCUUACUUGUUGGGUUGGUUGUCAGUCUAGCAACAAAACGCUGGCAUGAACCAGUGAGAGAUGAGAAGCUGCUUAUACCCUUUGUGAGGCGGUUCUGGAGACUGAACCAGGGUGAUGUAAAACAGACGGUGGAACUGAAGCAUCUUGAUGAGGGUUCUGUGGAAGAGCCACAUACCAAAAACCUGUUGAAAGAUUUUGGAAUUAUAACUACGGAUAUGCUGUGA